ACAGGCGUGAAAAGACCUCUCUCAGAUUAAAAACCCUUUCGUUUGCUUCUAGCAUUGGCUUAUUUCUCUCUCUGUCUCUCUCUCACUUUCUCAUCAGAUUAUAGAGAGAGAAAGCAAAGCUAAGGCUCAGCUGAUACAUAUAUAGAUAUAGAAUAUGGGUAUUUGGGGUUUAGGCUUUUAAAGCUUUAAAUUUUCAGUUUAAUGGCAUACUAGUAAAGAGUAAAGUUUGGGUUUUUAUUCUAGUCUAUUCUUCUUUGAAGAAGAAAAAAUGGCCUUAUUUGAUGAGGUUCAAGACCUACAAAACCCUCCAAUGGUUCUUGAUGCCUUGUUCUGUGAGGAAGAAGGUUUUGAAGAUGAGUUUGAGGAAGAAGAAGAAGAAGAAGAGAGUGAGAACUGUGAUAAUGGGUCUGAGAAAAAGCAACAAUCUUUCCCUUUGGUUUUGCUAGAAAAUGAUUUAUUUUGGGAAAGUGAUGAACUUUCUUCUUUGAUAACUAAAGAGGAACAAAACCAUUUCUGUUACAGUGAUCUAAGCUCAGAUGAAUCAUUAAUGGCAGCUAGGAAAGAAGCAGUUCAUUGGUUUUUUACUGUGAAAGCACAUUAUGGGUUCUCUGCUUUGACUGUUGUUCUUGCUGUUAAUUACUUUGAUAGGUUCACUUCAGGCUUUAAGUUUCAGAAAGAUAAGCCAUGGAUGAGUCAACUCACUGCUGUGGCUUGUCUCUCUUUGGCUGCUAAAGUGGAAGAGACUGAUGUCCCUCUUCUUUUAGACCUGCAAGUGGAAGAGUCAAGGUUUUUAUUUGAAGCUAAGACUAUUCAAAGAAUGGAGCUUUUGGUGUUAUCAACUCUUAAGUGGAAGAUGCAUCCAGUGACCCCAAUUUCAUUCUUCAGUCACAUUGUUAGGAGGCUUGGUUUAAAGACCCAUUUGCAUUGGGAGUUUUUAUGGAGGUGUGAGCGUCUUCUUCUCUCUGUCAUUCCUGAUUCAAGGUUUGUGGGCUAUCUUCCUUCAGUAUUAGCUACUGCAACAAUGCUGCACGUAAUCAAUGAGAUUGAACCAUUUAAUACAGUGGAGUACCAUAACCAGCUUUUGAAUGUACUAAAAAUCAAUGAGGAGAGAGUGAACCAGUGCUAUGAACUCAUGGUAGAAACAUCAGUCAGCCUUGGAUUCAAUAAAAAACAAAGCUACAAACGCAAGCAUGGAUCGGUACCAGGAAGCCCAGUUGGAGUUAUUGAUGCGUCGUUUAGCUCUGAUAACUCGAAUGAAUCAUGGGCUAUUGGUGCAUUGGUUCCCCCUCGAUCACCUGAGCCUCGGUUUAAAAGGAGCAGAACUCAAGAUCAGCAGAUGAGAUUGCCUCCAUUGAAUCGUUUUUCUGUGGAUGUUCUUAGCACUAGCAGCCCUCGUUAAGAAAAAAGUCUUUUGUCCCCUAUUGUCUUCUAUCAAAUGUGGUACUAUAUACUAUCUCUCUUUUGCAAAUUUUAAAUUGCACUACUUGUUUCUAAUGUGCAAAAGAAAAAAAACACAUUGUGCUCUGCUCUGCUCCAUGUUCUUUCGAUUGUCGUUGUGACUAUCCUUUAUGAAAGUAUGAAGCACAAUUGAAUUGAAAAA